AUGGAUGGUAGUAUUGUACACGGAUCUGAAUCGAAGAAGAGGUACAGUGAAGAAUUUGAAGAAGAAGCGCCUUCACUCGGACCAAAAAGAGCAAAAAUACGAGACCUGGAGUCAGUUUUUCGUUCUGAAGGGAAAAUAAAAACUGCUACUGCUUCACCACUUGAUCUCAAUGCGAGUGCGGGUCAUUUGGCCGUGGAUGAUGCUCCAUCAUGUGUUGAAGACACCUGCAAACUAUCAUCUCUACAGAAGCCCCAAGAGAUGGAAUCAAAGAAUAAUUGUGUAAAACCAAGUGGUUUUGGUAUUGAUCUCAAUUCAGAAGAUGUUUCGAGUUCCAUCAGUCACGAUCCUUUUCAUCCGUAUAAGGAUUACGAUCGUUUAAAAGCACGUGAUGCUUCAUCAGAAUGUGGGAGUUCAUGUCAUUUGGGGGGAGAAAAAGACUCUAUGAAAGUUUGGAAAGAAAUGAAACAAAAUGGGUUUCUAUCAUCUUCUCACGGAGGCGUGCCAGUUCCACCGAUACCAAAAUCACGUGGGCGGAAAAGAGGGAAUGAGUCGGUGAUCAAGAAAAAGAUAGAGAUUGCAAAGAAAGAACAAGUGGACAGAUUUGCUAAAGUGGCUGCUCCAAGUGGACUUCUGAAUGAAUUGAAUCCUGGGAUUAUAAAUCAUGUAAGAAACCGAAAACAGGUUCAUUCUAUAAUAGAGAAUCUUGUGAGAUCUGCAAAAACUGAAAACAAACAGGGUGGAAGCAAGCCUGCAACCGGGAAAGAAAGUUAUGACCAUACGGAUUUAGAAAAUGGGGUCUGGAAUCCUUCUUAUGGGUGUCAAUCAGAUGAACCUAGAGGACACAAUGAUAGAGAAGCAAUCGUUAAAACGAGCCAUCAUCCUUCAUAUAUCAACUUAGAAUGUGAGGACGAUAGACUUGCCCUGAAACUGUCAUCAUCAGCAACCAUUACAUCGGCGAAUUUGAGCUCUUUGUCCAAUGAAGAAUCGGGAAACAUCUCAACUGUCAACUCCCUCUCUUUUAAAGCUGCAAGUGUAGCUUCUCAAUGGUUAGAACUUCUUCAUCAGGACAUCAAAGGUCGUCUUGCAGCAUUAAGGCGUAGCAAGAAAAGAGUUCGAUCUGUAAUCCAAACAGAACUGCCUUCAUUGGUAUCACGAGAGUUGGUUUCUGAUCAAGAAAACGAUUGCUAUGCUGAAAAUGGUCACUUCAACAAAGGAACUGCUGAGUUGCAUCGGGUGAGAUGGGGCACUCUUUUUGAUCAGAUGGAUAAUGCACUCUCUGAAGAAGAGAAACAUCUGGAGAGCUCGUUGAAUCAAGUAAACGAAAUGAUGGUGCAUUGUGGACAUGGUCUUCUCCAAUUCCGUUCAGAAAACGACCUGCAACAGCGCAGCAGCAGCGACUACAGACAUCUAAAGAUGGAAACAAACCCAUACAAGGAUUUAGCUGUACAAGCUGCUGCAGCAGCCAUAUACUCGACCUCCAAUUUUUUGCAAUCGAUGGAAAACCUACCAUGUUUAUGACCAACGUCCGUCCACUAAUCAUUUGUAACGAUUUUAGUUCUAAUUAUAGUUUUUUCUAGGAUUGUGAUAUUAGUUUUCUAGUCUGGUUUCUUUGUAAUGUUUAGACGUUGAAUUCACGUGUGUUUGUAUUAGUUUACAAAUUCUGUA